AGAGUUGUAAAAUCACAGAAGAAAACAAAAGGAACAAGAGGUCAUAAGACUCUUUCUUUCUCUCUCUUUCUGAGCUUUCGCUGUGUUUGUGAUUUGCACGACUGAUCUCAAAAUUUCAAGGAAUUCUUCGCGAAAAUCUAUCGGCGAUUCAAAGCACUUAGCAGUGAAGAUGAAGAAGUAUGGACAUAAAAUGCUGACAAUUUUGGUUAUCCUAUCACAAGUAUGCUCUGGGUUGGCGUUGGAAACUACAGGCCCUGCGUUUAUGUGGUCUCCGCAUAUUAACAUGGAGUUGGCUGAUAAGGUGAACUAUCAAACACUCUCCUCAAGAGACUUGGCAAGGUCUGUCAUGUCCACAGGGGGAUGGUCAAACAUACUGUGUGAGGGUAAAGAAUCUCAUCAACCUGUGGAUAUCGCCGUCGUGUUUGUUGGAAAAGAGUUGAAAUCAUCGGGUAUAACUGGAAAUAGUUUGGCAGAUGCUUCACUUGUGGAUUUACUUAAGGACUCCUUCACAAAGUCCAAUUUCUCGAUGGCAUAUCCUUAUGUGUCAGCAAGGAUAACUGAAGAGACCUUAGAAAAUUCUUUGAUACGAGAGUUCGAAGAAUCUUGUGGGCGUAAAUUUGGAGUUGGCAAUAUUAUUGUCACGGAAUCUUGCUUGAUAGAGGAUAAAGGAUAUUCAAAACUUGCAGACAUGCAGGCAGUAGAGGAGUACGUGUCCUCAUCAGUGGAGAAAGGUGUCAAGGAACAAACAGAUUUGCUUGUGGUUUGCCGUGGAGGUUUCAGUUCGUUGCAAGAACUUGACCAGCCACGCUCUGAAGGAGCUUUUUUUUCGGAGCUGAUAACUUCGUUGGACCUCUCUGGAGCAAAGUACUCGGUUCUGUAUGUUUCUGAUCCAUAUAACCCCAUUCAGUAUCGUCAAAUGGGAAGGUUGCUUGCAGAAGGUCAUGGAAAUGCUUCUCUGAAUUCUACUGUGUUCUGUGACGGCGUUUGCCAAAUUAAGAAGACCCUUCUCGAGGCAGUUUUUGUUGCUAUAGUCCUGCUUAUAAUAUUAAUCUCGGGACUCUGCUGUAUGAUGGGCAUAGAUACUCCUACAAGAUUCGAGGCUCCUCAAGAGUCUUAAUAGUCGUGUUUGCAUGAACGACCUCCUUUUGUAGCAUAGCAGCAUUCAUUGUAGGGUGUUUGAUUCCCAGGGUGUUCAAAGACUGUUAAACAAAGAGGAAGAUCAGCGUUGCGAGCUGAAAGUUGAAACUGUGUAUUUAUAUCUAUGGCCACAGAGGGAGAGAUGGCCUUUGUAAAAUUUAUUUUGUCCGCUUAUUGGCAUUAUCUUGCAUUUGCUGUUCAUUGAUGUAUUUCCUUUAUUUUGUUACUAUACUGGGAUUUCUUAAAUAAAGCCUUAGCAAGUCAAUAAAUAAAGUGGGUUCUUCUUUGGAAAA